GUUUUACUUACACAAACAAGAGGGAGGGAAUGCUGAUGUCUGCUUGUAUGCAUGCCACAUUCGUCACUUCCACUCAGAAAUUUCUCAUUUUCAAUAAAGUCAUCUGAAGAUCUGGCCUCUCCUUUUUAAAAGGAUCUGCAUGAUGCACCUGAAUUAAAACAAGUGGAAAAGCUGGAGAACAAGGUAAAAGAGCUCCAGGAAGAAAUUAGGAACCUCCAAAUGAGGAAACCCAAAAUGACGGUGGGAGACAUCCUGGAAGAUUCCGAAAAGAUGCUGCUUUACACCUCAUUUCCAGCAGACGUCUUCAAUGUUAUUGUGCAAAUUCUCAAGCGAAUGGUGCCGUUUAAUUAUUAUGCUGGUUGGGAGGUCACCUGCUUUAGUUUAGAGGACCAACUGCUAAUAUGUUUGAUGAAGCUACGCUUAAACUUUCGAGAUCUAGACCUUGCUAUUAGAUUUGGUACAAGCAGAUCUACAAUAUCUAACAUUAUAAAUACAUUUAUCUCUGCUCUUCAUGAAAUCUUUUUUGAUGGUGUAUUGAAAGCUGUGGGUAUUCCUUCUCAAUUAAAGUGCAAAGGGUCUAUGCCAAAAUCCUUUUCAGAUUUCACCUCGGCAAGAAUUGCCAUGGAUGCCACAGAAAUCACCCAAGAUAUACCAUCAAACAUGAAUAGUCAAUCACUUACAUACAGCAACUACAAAAGUCGACACACUGUAAAGGCGGUAACCUGUGUGGCUCCAAAUGGUGCUCUUGUAUUUACUUCCGAUUUAUAUCCCGGUUCCACAUCUGAUGCAGCCAUAGUACAGCAUUGCAAAGUUCUUGACCAAUUACAGCCUGGAGAUCUUAUUCUUGCAGAUAAAGGCUUUAAUAUUUUUGACAAACUUCUUUCCGGGGUAUCCUUAAACAUUCCACCUUUUUUGUCAAAUAAAUCGCAUUUUACCAAAGAAGAGGCAAAACUUUGUUAUAAAAUUGGACGUAGUAGAAUUCAUUUUUAAAAAAUUUCAGCAAAUAAAUUUGUGAAUAGUGCACACAUUUACUGAAAAUGGGUGAUCAUAUUUCAAUAUCUGUAGCUACCGCGCCGACCCAAUAUAUUUCACAUAUUUUGUUAGAAGUCAAACAUCAAAUAUCCGCGACCCCCACUUGUUCUAUCCAGCGAAAAACCUUUUGAAUUUGCAUGGAAUAUACAAGUUAUACAUAGAUCAUUGUACUAUCCAUACAGGCUUGUGGGAUUUUUUUUUUCUGGGUUUUUUUUCCCCCGGUUAUUUUUCUACUCCCAACUAUUUUUUCUUCUAUUGUUUCAUGAUUAUUUUCAUUAGUAUAUGUAUAUAUGUUUUUGAAUCUCUUCUUUCUAUAUAUUUUAUCUUGUUUACAUUAAAUAACUACAUAAAAUAUUGUUUAAUUAAAUCAAGCAGUCCUGAUAAACAAUUUUUAUUGAAUGACGAAAC